CCAUAUAGUUUCCUUGCCAAGGCCAUGGACACUGGUACUACCUUCUACUUCGUCCCAUACAUCCUUUGUAUCAUUCCAAGUCUCCUCCUCCUCUCCUUCCUCAAAACCCUAGUAAAACCUCCCACUGCAUCUCGACCUCCACCCAGCCCCCCGACGCUCCCCAUCAUCGGUCACGUCCAUCUUCUCACCUCCAUCCUUCCCAAAUGCUUCCAAACCCUAGCCUCCCGUUACGGUCCCCUUAUGCAGCUUCGUCUCGGUUCAUCAACUUGUAUCGUUGUAUCCAACGCUGCCGUUGCUAAAGAAGUCAUGAAAACCCAUGAACUAGCCUUCGCCUCUCGCCCUGAAUUCGGGUCCUCAGAACACUUCAUCUACAAAGGAUCCAGGUUCAUCAUGGCGGAGUACGGCCCAUACUGGCGCUUCAUGAAGAAACUGUGUCUGACAAAGCUUCUCGCGGCUCCCACCCUCGAUCGACUAAUCCAUAUCCGAGAGGAAGAGAUGGGAAAGCUCAUGGACACACUGAUUCAGAGGUCGAGGAAAGGGGAAGCUUCAGAUUUGAGCAAGGAGCUGACAACGUUGACAAGCAAUAUCAUAUGCAGGAUGGCGAUGAGCACAAGGUGCAGUAGAAACGGUAAUGAAGCUGAGGAGAUGAUGGAGUUGGUGAAGGGGGUGGUGGAGCUUGGAGGGAAGCUGUCUAUAGGAGAUGCUUUGGGGGCUUUGGGGAGACUAGACUUAUUGGGAUAUGGGAAAAAGCUUGAAGCAAAGCUGAGGAAAUUUGACAGUUUGGUGGAGAAGAUCAUGGAGGAGCAUCAGAGGAAAAAUGGGAUGGUGAAAGGUAACGGAAGAGAAGGGAGAGAUCUUAUGGAUAUUCUACUGGAGAUCCAUGAAGACCCUUCUGCUGAAUUGAAGUUGACCAGGACUGACAUCAAGUCUUUCUUCCUUGACAUAUUACUGGCAGGAACUGACACUCAAUCAGUGGCCACACAAUGGGCCAUGGCGGAGCUCAUCAACCGUCCACGUGUCUUCAACAAGCUCAGAGAGGAAAUUGAUUCAAUUGUGGGGUCCACUAGGCUGGUCAAAGAAUCGGACGUCCCAAAUCUCCCCUACCUCCAAGCGGUUGUCAAAGAAACCCUUAGACUCCACACAUCAGCACCGUUCAUCCUCAGACAGUGCAUUCAAGAUUGCAAGAUUGACGGCUAUGAUAUCAAGGCCAAUACACGUGUCAUGAUUAGCGCCUUUGCCAUCAUGCAGGACCCGAACUCGUGGGAAGAUCCAAGUGAGUUUAUACCCGAGAGGUUCUUGGUCAACUCGGGUGAGAACAUGGUUGACCAUGUGACUGAAAUCAAGGGCCAGGAUUUUAGGUAUGUCCCAUUUGGGAGUGGAAGGAGAGGAUGCCCUGGUGCUGCACUUGCAAUGAUGGUGAUGCAGAUGACAAUCGGACGGUUGGUUCAAUGCUUUGACUGGAGAGUCAAAGAUGGGGAAAAGGUUGAUUUGAAUGUAGGCCCAGGAUUUUCAGCUGAAAUGAAAACCCCACUUGUGUGUUUUACAAGCAUACACUUUGAUCCCCUUGGCGAAGUAUAUGCAAGGCACGUGGAAGGGUGAAGGGAAUCAAGU